GUGACUCGAAAUAUAAGAGAAUAGAAGGAGAAUAUGAAUAUGUUGUUUUUCGUGGAAAGAUUCUUUGCGAUAUAUUUGUUCUGGUCCUCCGUCGUUAGUGGUAAUUUAGAGGAUCAAAAGGCUAUUGAUAAAAGGGAUAAGGGAUCGUUGGGAGAUCUGACCGAAAGCAAUUUUUCGAAUCUAACCUCAAAGUGUUCGGACGAGGCCGAGGCUAGGAUCAGGAUUUGCGACGGGACGGCCGGCGAUGGUUGCCAGAUAAAAAUCUGCGGAGAUUUGGGACCAGUAUCCAGCACCCCAACUCCAGUCAACUCCCUAAAUGACAAGUCCAAAUCACAGUACAACGCCAGCAUGACAUCAUCCAAGUCGACGGCAGACUCGGGCUUAAAAUUCCUGGAUAUUCCCACGGGAGACGAAUUAAAAAUCAAGGAUCUUCAUUUAGAGGAGGAAUACUUCAUAUUCCAGGCAUUCUCUGGCUUAAUGGGAUAUUUAUUUCCCGAGGCUUUUCCCAUGGGUUUACUUAAAGAUGCAUUGAAGAGCAAGUUUUCGUUUAGCUUAUUUUUCUUUGAGGUGCUGCAACUGGAAGUAGCCCUCCUCGUCUGGAUAGCGUUCUGGGCAGCGCUAGUCCUCGCUCUCCCCGUGGGGGUGGCGGUGUCUUUAUGCGCCCCCUCCAAGGGGCGACGUUUUAGCAACGACCUGUCAGAGGGCUCCCAAGCGGGCAAACGUAGCUGGACGGAGAAAAGUUUCGUGUGUUUGCUGCACGUUCUUCUGCUAAUCGUACUGUUUCCUGCCGGCCUGAUCCUGGCCGCCAACGAACAGAUAGCCCGAUCGAUAAGCGCCGUGCCGAUCCAGACGAUUUACGACGAUUUGGCCGUUUUCGUAAGAAAUGCCCACAUGCAAAUGGCCUUCGUUAGCACGUCGUCGGCGGAUAUCGCCUUCGAAACCAUCAGGAAGGAUUUGGAAGAUAUAGAUUUAUUACUUGGAGAAGCUUAUCAGCAAGAACUAUCUACCGAAACAGGAAUUGACCAUGCCCUUAUCGGUUUGGAGGAACUUAAAUCAGCCGUGGCGAGGACCACUUCCGUCGUAUCCGACUUACUGAUCGACUGCGAAGUGGUGUCGAGGACGGGCGAAAUCCUGCAGGACAAGCUGCAGGAAAUGUCCCGGCAGCUGAUCGCCAUCCAGCAACAGUGCAACGCCAAAGAUCGACCCUUGUGUUUUACGUUGCAGUUUUCUGGAUUCGAUCUGUCUUUGCCGGUGAAAAACUUGACCCUGGAUACCAAAAUCCAACAAUUGGUCCGUAUGAAUAAGGAGAGGAAUUUGAACUCCAGCAUCGAGGAGAGCCGUAGGGCAUUCCUGGCCAUUCCGGAUCAGGUCGCCAUUGAAAUGUCGCCGUAUGUAGCAGACAUUAAGGCACUACUGAACAAAAAACGAGCUGACGUGUACAAAUCUACACAAAAUUUGGACACAUUAGCCAAAACAUUAGCCGACGACUUGAACGCCAGCCAAACAAAAGUUUCCGCUUUCACAGAAGACGUCAUAAGAUGGGAUCUGUGGAGAUGGCUGAUUGUUUUAGGUGUUACAGCUGUGGUUGCCCUAACUUGGGGUGUGUUAAUUUGUGGUGCACCCUGUGGAUGCGGCCUGACCACAAAAACUAUACCUCUAUUUCACUCAGGCGUGGGAUUAUCCUGCUGUGUUUGUGUCAUCUUAUGGGCUUUAGGUACAAUUUCACUACUUAUUGGAGGUCACAGUAAGGCAUUUUUGUGCAAUCCACUUUAUCAGUCACCGUACUUUGAAACUCUAAGCGAAUUACUCGAUGCUAAUGGAGUUCUUUAUGGCGAAGACGGAUUUUUUGAGACAAUAUCGACAAAAAAUGGCACAGUUUUAGUAGCCGAAGUAUUAAGGAGCUGUCAGAGAGAUCAGACUAUCUACAAACCGUUUCACCUCAAGAAUCAUUUUGAUAUCGAAGCGCUUUUGAACUACAAAAACUGGGAGGAUUUAGAGGAGAUUUUUGAAAAUAUGACACAUGCAAAAACUGAUGCAGACAUUAUUAGUUCGGAGUUGCAAGUAAAUUUACAGGUGUUAUCUACUUUGACAUCAACUAAUUUUACCGCGCAUAGAAUUAGAAUUUCAACUCCUACAACCAAAAGGGAUCUUGGUUCGUUUGCUGAUCAGAUCAACACAGUUGCAAGGCAGAUCAACGAUCCAGUUAAUGCAAGAAAGUUUGAUAAUCUGGCCUUUUCCGUGAGGAAACUCGCUCAGAACGAGCUGCAAAAGUUGAACGAGGCCCGCGGCAGGAUCCUUUACAAAGUGACCACGCUGGAGGUGGUGCUGCCCCCUCUGAAUAGGCGAGUGAAUCAAUCACUGUCCCAUCUCAAAACCAUCCGCUUCUUCCUGGACAAUCGGGCGUGGCAAAUAGCGCAGACGACAAGAAGACGAUUCCUGGGCAAAAUUGAAAAUUACUUGCGCGACCUUUACCGACACGUAGCCGCCGCCGUCGCCAAGGAAAUCGGAAAAUGUCGCCCGCUGUGGCAGAUUUUCCACGCCGGCCGCUUUUCCAUUUGCAAACUAAUUGCGGAUCCGCUGAAUGGCAUAGCUGUUUGCUGUUAUUUUCUCAUACUUCUUUUCAUCGCAAUUACACCCAUUGUAAUAAAGCUGAUAGAUUACUACAAAGAGGACCAGGACGAAGAUAUUAUAACAUCAAUAUUGCAUCGACGGUCCACUCAAGAGGAGAGAAUUUGGGGUGGCGCUAUUCAAGAAUCGCCAGAGAAUCAGCCAACCGACGAAGAACGCCCUACUACUUCUUGGACGUCUCCAUCAGUUAGGGAAAAACAAGAGCAUCGUGUUCCUCAACCUCCUAAAUUACCCUCUGUAUCAUCUCAAGUUCACAAACCAAGGGUUCCUCACACCUCUGCAGUAAGGAGAACUAGAUCGCCAAAACAGAGAAGUGGAGGCAAAUUGUCCACGUUGACUUCGAGGAUAACCGGAUCUAGACAUCUCACGGAGCAGAUGCCGGCAAUUUCUAGGGCAAGGACUCCAAGAAGAUCGACCACACCCCGAAGCUGGAUGUAGCUACCGUCAAAACCCUUUUUUAGUAACUGUAUUUCUUCUUCUUUAUUGUUAAGUAAGAUUAAUAAGCCUCAUUUAAUUGCUAUACAUUAUUUGCCCUUCCUCAAAUUAAGAUUAAUUAUUUAUCAUAACCAAAGAGUAUAUCAUUUUUCAAAUUUUCGUUAGGGAGGCCUUUAAAAGAUUCUAAUACAGCAAUUUGCGAAAAUUUAUUGUCUUAUAUUAUAAAGCAAUGCUUUCGAGCAUUAGGAUCUUUUGCU